UUGAAAAGUUUUAGACUAUGCAUUCAAGGUGGAUCAAAUGGUGGUCUUUUAGUAGCCGCAUGCUCACAACAACGUCCGGAACUCUAUGGCGCCGUUAUAAAUCGUGUUGGUGUGCUGGAUAUGUUACGUUUUCAUAAAUUCACUAUUGGUGGGGCAUGGAUACCUGAAUAUGGCAAUCCGGACAAAGCUUCAGAUUUUCCGUAUAUUUAUCAAUAUUCACCUCUACACAACAUCCGUAUGCCUCCGAAUGGUGUUCAGUGGCCAUCCACAUUGUUGAUGACUGCAGAUCACGAUGAUCGCGUAGUGCCAUCUCAUUCUCUGAAAUACAUAGCGCAGUUGUAUGAGGUGGUACAUAAUGCGAGUGGUGUACAACGUAAUCCGUUACUUAUCCGUGUGGAAGUGCGUGCCGGUCAUGGAUCUGGUAAACCAACAUGUAAAGUGAUAUCUGAAUUGGUGGACAUGUACAGUUUUAUGCAGCGUGUGUUGGGCAUGUCAUGGCACGAAUGA